CCAGCACAUUGCUGCCAUACCCAGAACCUCUUAGUUGAGUGAGUGUAUCGGUCUGUGUUUGUGGUUACACCCAAGGAUAAACUCUCGAGCACUCAACAGGAGUUGGUAGGCUACAAGGCGCAAAACUGUGGCGCCUUGAAUGAUAUUGUUGCCUGUUUUCGCAAUUUUUCCAAAAAGCCCCUGAGAAGUUACGGACCCAGGUCUGCUUAUGGACGACUUUUUCAUCCUCAUUGGUUUGUCCACACCCCUUCGGAGAUAAGGAGCAAGCCUUCAGCUUUGCUUGCAGGAGAGGGAGAAAGUGACAAUCGAGACGUUGGAGGGAAAAUGACAAGGGAGCGUCACAGCAUCGCGUGAAGAAGUCUCUUUGAAUUUAUUUAUAUAAUUUGCCUAUUUCUGAUGAAGGAACUCGCGGAAUUAGUUUCCUUUUUAUUGAUUUGACAUUUUCAUUUGAAAUUCGGAUUCAACGAUUUGGAGUGACUAACAAGGCGACCUACCCUGGCGGCAGACAUAACAACAAAAAUGAAGCAAAAUGCCUACAGUCAUCAAGCUAGGGAGUCCCUCCAAAGCUGUCUCCACCAUGUCCCUUUCCGUGCGCCCAUCGCGCCGAGUCAUCUCCAGAUCCAUCACUAGGAGCCAGUCCUUUGCCGGGGUCAACUCCCACGAUAAGCCCUACAGGAACCUGUCGGUGUUCAGCACCCCGAGGGUCACCAGGAAGCCCUCCAGAGCCAGUAGGAUGUUCACCCUCUCCGCCAAAUCCCCACCGCCCAAGGUGCCACAGCCAGAGAGGCUGGAUGAGGUCUACGAGGCUCUGAAGAGAGGCCUGCAGUCUUACCUGCAGGUGCACCAGAUAGAGCUGGAUAGCCUGAGCCGACAAAUGAGGGAAUCCAAGAGGAACUCUCGUCUGGGGUUUCUCUAUGAGCUGGAUAAGCAAGUGAAGGUGGUUGAGAGGUUUAUGCGACGGCUUGAGUUCCAUCUAAGCAAGAUUGACGAGCUGUAUGAGGCCUACUGUAUGCAGCACCGGCUGAGGGAUGGAGCCAAUAAGAUGGUGAAGGCCUACACAGUCUCCCAGGGCAGCCGCGAGGCCAGGGAGAGCCUGUCUGAGGCCAACAAAGGCUACAAAGAGUACACAGAGAACAUGUGCAUGUUGGAGAGCGAGCUGGAAAACCAGCUAGGGGAGUUCCAUGUUAAGAUGAAGGGUCUAGCAGGGUUUGCACGGCUUUGUGCUGGGGACACGUAUGAGAUCUUUAUGAAGUAUGGGCGGCAGCGCUGGAAGCUGAGGGGAAGGAUGGAGAUCAAUGGCAAGCAGGUGUGGGACAGCGAGGACAUGGUCUUUCUGCCUCUCAUCACAGAGUUCCUAUCAAUAAAGGUGACAGAGCUGAAGAGCCUGGCCAAUCAUGUGGUGGUGGGGAACGUGUCAUGUGAGACCAAAGACCUCUUUGCUGCUCUACCCCGGACGGUGGCCGUGGACAUCAAUGACCUCGGGACCAUCAAGCUAAGCCUAGAGGUCACCUGGAACCCUUUCGACAAGGAUGACCAAGCCUCGGCCGCCAGCACUGUCAACAAACCCCCCACGGUGAACAAACGCUUCUCCACCUACAACCAGAGUCCUCCUGAUACCCCCUCCUUACGGGAACAGGCCUUCUAUAACAUGCUGAGGAGGCAGGAGGAGAUGGAGAAUGGCACAGCCUGGUCUAACUCCUCGGAGUCGUCAGAUGACUCGUCCAGCCCCCAGCUGUCCCUGGGGCUGCGUCACGCCAACAAGAAUCUGGUCCAGCUAGAGGUUCAGGCUGCCGCGCCCUCCAUUGAGAUCUCCUUUGCUCCCCGAGACUCUGCCACCUCCACCCCUACCCGCUCAGCCAAACCGGAGGAUGUGCAGAAGGAGGAGCCAGACACUGGAACAGCAGGGAAAGAGGAGGAUUCUGGGAAACAGGCUGUGCCUAACGGCCAAACACGUUAUUCACGCUCCCUCAGCCAUAUCAGUGAGAACAGCGUCGAUGGCGUACUGAUGGACAGGUCAACUUGCGAAUCAGUGGAGCCCUCUGAGGCCACCUCCCUGCAGUCUGGGAUCUCUAUAAACGAUAUUGAGAUGGAGAUGCCUGCUCGGGCGGAGUCAGCCCCUGUCCCAGCUGAGACUGUGGUGGUCGGGGAACCAUCUGAGCCACUCGCCCCAGCUACUGUCACCGUGGUGGAGAGCAGGCCGGAGAGCAGGUAUUCUGCAGUGUCUGUAGAGUCAGACACAGGGUUAGAGGUUGUUUCAGGGGCUGUUUCAGAGGUAGAGCCAGAACUCCAGAGCUCUGCACCCGCUAGGACUGAUGCUGUGUCUCUGCAAGGUGCCUCUCUGGAUCUCAGGGCAGACUCACAAGCACAGACCCAGAGCACAGAGGAAAUAUCAUACACUGCCCACAGGGCAGUGGUGGUGGAGGCCGAGAAGCCUGGGCCUGUAGUAGAGGCCAGCCCCACAGAGGGUGAGAAGCAGCAGGCUGUGGACAGUGAAGUUGAGGAAGCCCUGAGUGCAGUCAUUGCCUCUCUGGAUGACUACAGGGGACAGUUUCCUGAGUUACAGGUCCUGGAGCAGGAGCUCAGACUACUGGAGGAGACAUUAACGGGCCAUACAUGCAGUUGUUCGUCCAGUGUCCAGAGUCUGGCGGUGGAGACGGCUCUCGGCAGCUUUGACUUCCUCAAUACCUCAGACCUGGAGGAUGAAGAUGAGGAGGAGGAUGGGGAGAAAAGGAGUGUGACAGACAGUGAGCGCCACAGCGCCCCCGGCAGGCCACCAGAGGAGAGUGCAGGGGAGGAUGAGUGCUGUGAGGAGAGAUGCUGGGAGUCCCACUCCUCUGGACCUGUGAGCACAGGCUGCCAGGCUCUAGACCAUACACUACUGGUCCAUCUGAAAAACUGCAGUGCACAACUUCUGAGGCUGGGGACCUUUGGGCCUCUGCGCUGUGGGGAGAUGUAUGCUCUGGACCGCCUGCUCAGAGAGGCCCGCGUCCUCGAGCUCAUCAGACGUGUUGCCAAGGAGACCCCUGGAGGAGCCACUCAGCCAGAUGAGGUGGUGCCCCAGUUAGAACAGUGCCAAGGGGCAACAUUGCUAUGGCAGCAGUGUACAAAUGAUGGCAGUGUGUACAGCACCUCCACAGACGCUUUCCUCACAACACUGGCCGCUGCUUACACCAACAGACUGCCCGAGAGAGGAGUUAGCCUGGCAGACACAGUGUUCUUGCGUCUGGCGGAGAGGAUUCUGGAGAGGAGGCUGCCCAAGCGUGGGGGCGGAGUGGCCAGAGACAUGCUGACCCUCUUCCAGUUCUGGAGCUACCUGGAGGCCGAGGGAGUGAGCGAGUUGGACACACACAUCAUUGAACUGGCGGAGGAGGUGUGGCUGGUUCAGAGCCUGCAGUCAGGGGACCAGGAGGUGCUGGUGAAGGCCCUGAAGAGGCCUCCAGAGAGCAGCCUGAAGAGGGAGGGCCUGCAUGCUGUCAGCCUACUGCUCAGGGACCCGCGGGGGAAGGUGUCUGCCUCUGCCAGCUCCCUGCUCCGGAGCCUCGCCGACCAGCCACGCCAUCGAGAGAGGGCCCUAGUAAGCUGUCUAGAGCUUCUGGAGAAUGAGAGUGUGGAGACGAGAGUGUGUGGCUGUAAAGCACUUGCAUGUCUGAAGGCCAAAGAGAGCAUUGACCAGCUGGUCUAUCUCUGUCGAUCAGACAAGGAGGAUGUGAGGGAUGCUGCCAAACAAGCGCUGCUGGUGCUUGGUGAGGAGGGGAAGUUGGCCCACAGACAUGUUGAGAUAUCACUGCAGGAGGGAGUGCCACGCCUCUUCUCCCCUGGCAGCAUGGCCAGCACCGCCUUCUAAUGCCACUAGAACGGAAUACUGAUACCGUCAUGCCCAUGUCAACACACUGUUACAGCCAUUAUCCAUACACACAUUAAAAUAUACACUGUCAAACAGGGUGCAAUAUACCCAGAUGCAAAGAGGAUGCUGACUUUUGCACAUGCACUCACUAACACUGGGAUGACAUCUACAGCUUGACACGAAGUCAGUGAACUAAACUCGCAUAUUACCAACCUGUGUGUAAAUAAGUGAUAACUACUCAUGAAAAACUGUGGAAUUGUAGAAGCGAUGAAGAGUGGUAGAAGUAUUUUACUGCCUUACAGUAUGUUUUGGUCUGGUGGUGUUGCCUUCUGAGUCAUGUAAUUAUAGCUGGGAUGAUGAAUGGAUGGAAGGACACUGCAAUCAUUGUGUCAGAUCAUGGCAUGGAUAGAACAAAGUGGAAAAGUGACAUGAUUACUUUUCUGGGGAAAUGCACUUAUUAUUUGCUUAAUUUGUGAUGAAGCAGGUUGGCGUGGGUCUGUGUGGAGAAUGACUUUGAGUGUUUGGUAGGAGUACUGAAGUAAGUCAUGGGGAUGGAAGGGAUUGGGUUGUUCCUCAGGAGAUGAUGGUGGUGAAACAGUUCCAAAUUCUAGGACCACAGUCUGAUGAGGAGCUUGUUGCCAUGCCGGUCGGGAAAGGAAGUCUGAAGUUAUUACAGUGCCAUCAUUCCAUACUAUCAUUAUAUGCUUUGUGGAAAUAUAUAUUCCCACUGGAAGUGUAUAUGUUAUAUAAUUGUAGUGUAAUUCGGUUGGCAUUGAGACAAUUGGAGUAAAUUCAUAUUUGGUUUGAGUGCUGAUGCCUCAAGUCACCAUGCACUUCCUGAGACUCACACCACUGGCGAUAUAACUGAAGAUUAUUUCUGCUGUAUUGGUGGUGGAGUUCUUUUUUUAAUUAUUAUUGAAAACUUAAAACUGUGCUGGACUGGACUUUGCCUUUUUGGAGCAGACAACUUCUCACUUAAUAAACAGACAACCACACUGCUAGGACUGGCCACCUGCUGGCCAUUAUAGUGUGGAAUCAGGGUGUAAUGAGAACCUGCAUUCACUGUAUAAUAUUUACUUAGCAGAUUCAUCAGUUUUAUUAUAUAGGACUUCAAAAUAACAAUAUACACUGAAGGAGCUUUUUAAGUUGUCUAAGUGCCUCAAGUUAGUGGAGAGUGGUGAGAUGAGACUAAGAAUGAAGAGAUACAGUGCUAAUAGAAACACUGCAGCAAAGUAUAUUUUCCAUAUGACUCAAAUUGUGCAGCAUUAAAAUAAAUGAUUUUCUUUAGAUGAUUUUCUUUCUAUAAAAGUAUAGUCUGGCAGAUAUCUUGCCUGGCAACAAAUGUAAAUGAAUUAAUAAAAGUGUUCAAAAAUGAA